GUGACGCGAUCUCCUUGGUUUCAACUAACUGCGCUUGCGCACUAGAGAUUUAGCCAUCAUGGCGGCGUCAUUACAAAAAUAUGAGCUGAUUUUCGGCGAUUGAGAAGCAUCAGAAAUAACAACACAGAUGAGAACAUGCACAGCGACAAGAAAAUAACCAGGGAAGACACAUGGAGACCAGCUGACCUGAGAAGACACAUCCGGGAGGACGGAGGUGGUGAUGAGAGAAAGCACCGUGGUGGGGAAUCCACAGAGAGACGCCGCAGAGAAGAGAAAGAUUCCAGGCGAGAGAGAGACAAGCAUAAGGAAAGGGAGAGCACUAGAGAGAGGAGAGAUGAGGAUGACAGAGACAGAUAUGCAGAUCGACGAAAAGAGGGCUCACGGGACAGGAGAGGUGAUAAGGAAAGGGACAGAAGAGAUGAUAGGGACAGAGAGAAGAGAAGGGAAAGGGACAGGCUAGUAGACGGAAAGAGGUACGAAGGUGAUUACAAAGAGAACAGAGACAGAAGGCGAGAUAAAGAUGAAAAGCACGAAAGAGAGAGGGAUAAGGAAAGCCACAGACACAGGGACAAAGAGAGGGAAAGAGACGGAGAGAGACGCCACGAGGAGGAGAGGGAAAAAAGGAGGGAAGAGCGAGACAAGGAAAGAAGGAGAGAAGAACGGGACAGAGAGCACAGGACUGAGAGGGAGAGGAGGAGACAUGAGGUGAGCGGAGAAGGAGAAAGAGAUCAGAUUGAACGGCACGAAAGGGAGAAGAGAGAGCGACAUCGAGAGAGAGACAGACGCAAAGACGAAAAUGAAGACAAGAGGAAUGACAAAGACAGACGCGAGAGACAUGGAGACAGAAAGAAUUUGGAACUGACGGAGGAAAGAGAGCACAAAGAAGAACAUAGAAGACACAAAGACGAGAGAGAGAGCAGACACAAAGAGAGAGGAUAUCAUGAUGAAAAGCGGAAGCACGACACUGAAUCCAGGAUGCACCGGGACUUAAAGGGGACGGGCGAAGACGACAGGCGUCACCGUGGUGACAAAGAGCGAGGAGAACCUGACAAACACAAAGAGAGAAGGCACAGAGAGGAGGAAGAGGAGGAACAGGAAAGAAAUCAUCACAGAGACAGAACAAGCUCCAAGAAGUCAGCAUCUGAUAAAAGUCAUCAGCAGGAGACUAAAACUGAGGAUGCAGCAACAGUAUCUGAGCAGCAGACAACUAGUGUAAAAGAUGUAGGAGACACAGAGGAGCCUGUUGUCAAUGAUGAGGAUUUGGCUGACCCAGAAUACGAGGACGACUUUGAGGAUUACGAGGAGGAUUUUGAGGAGAUGGAUGAGAGCGCGGAUGAAGGUGAGGACGAGAAGGAGGAACAGCGUUCAGUGGCGGGUGAGGAGGUUGAGGAACUUACAGCGCAAAGGAAAAAAGAGAUCGAGGCCAUUCAGAGAGCGAUGAACGAAGAGAACGAGAGAGUCGGAACAGCUCAGUCCAGACCAUCUGGGAGCAGAGAGGUGGAGGAGGAGGACGGGCCUAAAUGGUCCCGAGGCACAGGGUCUGAAAAGAACCAGAGUAGAGCCUCCCAGCGUGGAAAGUUUAUCGACUUUGUGGCCGCAAAACAGCGUGAAGUGAGCAAGAAAGUUGCCACAAAACAAAAGAAACGCAGCACAGAGCUUCUCCGCUUAAUCGAUCUCGAUUUCUCGAUGACGUACUCCAUUUUGGAUCUGCCACCAGUUAAUGAAUAUGAAAUGUAUAUUAGAAACUUUGGAAAGGCAAACACAAAGCAGGCUUACGUCCAGUGUAAUGAGGAUAACGCAGACCGAGACAUCCAGACAGAGGAGAUAGCAAUGUGUGAGAAGUGGACACAGCAUCCUCCGGAGCACAAAGGAGCCUGUGGAGAUCCGAACCUCUCUCAGGAAGCCGGAGACAAAACCUCGAACGAAACAAACUUUGAUUCCAAGCAUCUGACGGCAUUUCUGCGCUCAGCCUCACAGGUCAUGGUGGUCCUGCUGGAAGAGGAUCGAGCUGAGAGUAAAUCCCUCAGGAAGCUGAGGUCUCAAACAGACACGCUGUCUUUCAGCGACGGAAGUUUACAGCUCAACACCAAGUUGCCUUUUCUUUAUGGUCGCAGUGUCAGCCUGGUGCACUUCUCGCAGGUCCAGAGGCACACCAUGAUGUCAGUCCACGGGCCUACGCACAAGCCCAGCGCUGUGCGUCUUGAUAGCUGCACUAUAAUCUGUAUCUGGAACAUCUGGGAGCCGUCUAGACCUCAAAAAGUCCUCGUCUACGAAUCAGAGGUCCAGUGUUGUUGCUUCAGCCCUGCAAAGUCCAUAUUGGUGUUUGCGGGCACCUCGGUGGGCUCUGUGGUGCUGUGGGACCUGAGAGAGCACGUCAGUAACCAUUACCGCUUGAAGAUAGGAGAGGAUGAGUGGACUCUCCGACAGCCUACCUUCUCUACUGAUGCGGUGAUGGCUGGCUCAGGCCAUUUCUCAUGUGUGACGUCGGUAGAAGUUGUGCCCUCUGCUGCAGCCGGGGGGCUGCAGUCAGAGGUCCCCCUUUUGGCAUCUGAGGAAGAGUCGUCGGGAUUGUCAUUCCAGCUGGCUUCUCUGGACGAAAGCGGGGUUUUAAAUUUCUGGGUGGUGGUGGAACUCCCGAAAGCCAACGAGGCGGGCUCCCCAACAGAUCUCGGUCUCAGGCCUGGGGGCAAAGUAAAGUUACUCCACAGCUCCUCCCUCCUCACCGUUGAGAGGGUCUCACCACGAGAUGCAGCGAAAACAGGGCCGUCGCAGACCCUCCAUUUAAAGUUCCUUCCAACGGACUCCAAUCAUUUCUUUAUCGGCACCAACAUGGGUCUGGUCAAUCAUGGAACGAGUCACAGUUUGAAGGCUCCACCAAAGUUUUACAGGUUUCAGGAGGCUGGAAUCCGACCUGUCGAUGUCAGCGCCAUCCACUUUUCUCCCUUCGUUCAGCACAUGUUCUUGGUGGGCUGUGGGGACGGCAGCAUCAGGCUGCACAUAGUCAGCCAGGAGCAGCCUGUUGCAGAGUGGAACAACAGUACAGCUGGUGAACCAGUGGUCUCACUGCAGUGGGCCCAAACCAGACCAGCAGUCUUCUGCGUGCUCGAUGGAGCCUCCAACCUCCACAUAUGGGACCUGCUGAAAAACGACACCGAGCCUGUUGUCACCGAAAGGAUACACUCUGACAGGCUGGCAGCCAUGGCGGUGUUUGGAGACUCAGGACAGCAAAACACAUAUUCAGGGAUAGCACUGGCUCGGGAGUCAGGAACGAUAGAAAUGCACUAUUUCACAAGAGGUUUCACCGCACCUGUUCCUGAAGAAGAGGAGAAGUUGGAGAGAAUGGUGACUGAGGCCUUCUGAAACAACGCAUCGUGUAGAUAGACUGAUGUUUGUGUUUGGAUCAGACAAUGUAUUUUUUUAACUCCGGUACAGCAUGAAGAUCAAUUUAUGAAUAUGUUAUGAGUCCUGUUGUAAAGUGUGUCAUACUUCGAUUCAGUGUGUUUAUUCUCUUAAGUUGAUGACACAUGUCUAGAGAGAUAUUAUAUUAGCUGAAGAUUGUUGCUGAACACCAAAGAUCCUCCAUAGAGCCCUAAUUUGUUUAUUAUCCUCCAUAAAUACAUUAUAAGAAAUAUAAUGUAAAUGUUUGUCGAUGUAAAUAUUUGUACUGUUUGAUACUCACACUGCUUUAUGUAAAAUUUGUAAGGUAUUAACAAGUUACAUUUUUGUACAAUAAACUGAGUAUAUCUGUA